AUGCAAGAUGCCAUAUUACCUCGAGCAUAUCAAUCCGAAAUGAUGGAAUAUGCCAAACACAAAAAUUUAAUUAUUUGUCUACCUACGGGAAGUGGUAAAACAUGUAUAUGUGCAAUGUUAAUCAAAGCAUUAGCAGAAAAAUCACGUUUAAAAUUAGCCAACGGUGGAAAAAGAACAGUAUUUCUAGUUCCAACAGUUGCACUUGUUCGUCAACAAAGUCAGUAUAUUCGCGAUAACACCGGCAUGAUUGUUGGCGAGUAUCAUGGUGAAAUAAUCGAUACGAAAUCUAAUGAAAAAAAACAAUUAUGGUAUAAGAAUUUUGACGAUAAUCAAAUACUUGUGAUAACUAGUCAACUAUUUCUGGACGUUUUAUGCCAUAAAUUGUUCUCACUAGACGAUGUGAAUUUGUUAAUUUUUGAUGAAUGUCAUCAUUCAGCUGGUAAUUCGUCAUAUGCUCAAAUAAUGAAUCUUCACUACGAUGAUUGCAACCAAAAGCCACGUGUCUUAGGGUUGACAGCAUCAAUAUCAGCAAAAAAAAUUAAAGCAUGUGAAUUAGAAAACGAAGCAAAACGUCUGGAAACAACAUUUCGAGCUCGUGUUGAAUGUGGCAUACUUCGUGAUGAAGAUGUUAAAUAUGGUACAACUGUUGCAACUGAAAAAUGUUGGUGUAAAUCAUUUACAGAUGUUUGUAAUAACAAUAUAAAAAUUAUUUUUGAUACAUUAAAAAGAAUUUCGAAGAAAAUUGACGAACAUCAGAUGAAGCAUAAAAGUAAAUAUGAUAGAUUGGAUAAUGAACUGGGUGAAAUCAGACUAAGAAAAGAUUAUCAUACGAAUAUGUUAAAAUACACUGAAAAAUCUAGUGAAUACAUGCAACUGGUAUUAUCAGAAAGUCCAACAAUGCUAAAUUUAAAACGACAAAUUGAUAAUAUUAUUCUUAUUGGUCAAGAAUUAGGCUUAAUUGGACUCUAUUUAGCUACGCAACAGUUGUAUAUAUAUCAGAAAAAAUCUCAAAAAUUUACAAAUGACUCGACUUUUGAUGAUGAUGUCUACAAACAAAUUGAAAAUUUGACAAACGAUAUUUUUGACAAAGAGAUUAAAAAUAGUCAGUGGAAUAAUAAUAUGUUUAGUCCAAAAGUGUGGAAAUUAUUUUGUCAGAUCAUUGAACAUCAUGAAAAGACAAUAUCAUUAGAAAAUUAUGAUGAGAAUUCCAAAAUGAGAUGUAUUAUAUUUGUGGAACGCAUUAGUACAGCUCUAAUUCUAAAUGAGUUAUUAGCUAUAUUAUUUAUAAAAAUAUAUCCAGAAUACAGUGAGAUUUUCAAAUCAAAAUAUAUUGUUGGAAACAAAUCGUGUACUACAAAAACAUCUGUUACUGCAAAAUAUCAGAAUGAAGUUCUCGAACAAUUUCGCAUUGGUAAAAUAAAUAUAUUAGUAUCAACAUCUGUCGUAGAAGAGGAUAAUUUUAGUUCCUAUAUGCAAGCAAAAGGUCGUGCUCGUUCAAAAUUAAAUGCAUCAUAUAUUAUCUUAAUAACACGAUCAAAAGAUUAUAAAGCUGAUCUAAACGAUAAAGCUCAAUAUCAAGAAUAUGAUGAAAUUGAAAUGAUGUUGCGCAGCGGUUUUUCGAACUAUGUAGAUGAAGAUGAUGGCGAUAUUACUCAUUUAGAACCGUAUAGAACUAAAAAUAGUAUUAUUAAUGCAGCACGUGCUGUACAACUUAUAUAUCAAUAUUGUUCAAUACUUGGUCGAGGUCAAAUAUAUCCUCCACGAUUUUUACAGAUCACAGAAUGCGGCCAAUGUAAAUGUAUUUUAACAAUGCCAGCCAAUUGCCCUAUUGGUGAUGAUGUUAUUUUGAGGAAAUAUUGUAGCUCCAAUGUUGAAAGUGAAGCAAAUGAUAAUAAUUGGUAUUUAUAUCGAAUUCAUAUUAUUUCUCCAAUAGGAUCUGUAUAUAAUAAUGAAAUAGGUUUCAUGAUUCCACUUGAGAUGCCAGAUUUACCUAAAUUCAAUAUCUACGAUGCACGCAAUUCAUAUACAGUGAAGAUUGUCAACAUUUGUACAAUUAAUUAUAAUCAGUACCAACCACAAAUAGAUUUAUUCUGUCGAUACUUGUUUGAAAACGUUUUUGAUUUUGGAAACAAUUCACAAUUGCAAUAUGAUUCAAAAAAAUCACCGUAUAAGAUGAUGCCAUGUCUAUUAAACGAAGACGAUUCAAUCGACAUUGAUCGUAUGAUUCAAAUAUGUGCACGAAGUGAAAAACCUGUGGAAAAUCCGAAAAACAUCAAUAAGAAUGAAUUAUACAGACCAUGGAAUUUAAAUGAAAAGAAAUUGUUUUAUAUUGUUGAUACAGACGAUUUAAGUCAAACAAAAUUUGCUCAUGCCGCAUGGGAACACGGAGAAAAAUAUAAAACAUAUGCUGAUUAUUAUGAAACAAAAUUGAAAAAACAAGAUAGAAACGUGAAAAUUAAUUUGAAUUGGCCAAUGGCUUGUGGUAAUUAUUGGGGGAAAAAAGCAGAUAAUUUCUUGUAUCCACAUGCACUAAGUAGUACCAAAGUAACGAUAACAACAAUCGAAGAUGAAUGUAAAUAUUAUUAUUAUCCGGUAGAAUUGCUGAAUUAUGCUCCUGUAAAUAAGAAUGAUCAACAAUUAUUUUCUAAAUUACCAACUAUAUUUACUCGUAUUACACAACUCUAUCAUGUUGAAAAAUUGAGAAGAUUAAUCGUGAAAAAUAUCGAUACUAAUAGAAAGUCUGAGGAACAAACAUACUUAGAAUUACCCCUUCCGGAGCUAGCAUAUGACAAUUUGACAUCAUCUACCAGUAAUAAACAAUUACCACCAUCCGUAUUAUUUCAAGCUCUCAGACGUGAUUCAACCGGUGAAAAAACUAACAUGGAAAAUUUAGAAAUUCUUGGCGAUUGUUUUCUGAAGUUAUCUGUUUCAUUGUCAAUGUAUUAUAAAUAUGCAAAAGAAAAUGUUGGCUUUUUAACAGUGGAAAAAGUUAAAUUUAUUUCGAACAAUAUGUUAUAUCGUUGUGCUAUAAGAAAAGGAUUAGAAUCGUUUUUAUAUGCACAAAAAAUUGAAUAUCGAGGAAAAAAUGCAAAUUGGCUUCCACCCGGUUAUGUUGUAGUUAAAAAAGAAAACAAUUUUCAUCCUUUUACAAUGCAGAUAGUUAAAUAUAAAUCAUUAGCAGAUAUGAUCGAAGCAAUAAUUGGAGGAAUUCUAAUUACACAUGGAUAUACAGACGCACUCAAGUUUUCACAAUGGUUAGGAUUAGACGUGUUUCCCCAAGAUGAAAAUGUUGAGAAACGUUUAAAUUAUCAAUUUAAAAAGAAAGCCUAUUUAAUUGCAGCAUUUACACAUCCAUCAUGUUAUACAAAUCGUUUUACUCAAUCAUAUGAAAGAUUGGAAUUCAUUGGUGAUGCUAUAUUAGAUUAUUUGGUUACAAGAGAAAUAUUUAUAAAAAACAACAAGAUCACACCACAAAUAGUAACUGAUAUUCGUCAAGAUAUAGCGAAUAAUGGACGUUUAGCUUAUUUAUUUGCUGAAAACAAACUUCAUCACUAUAUUCUACAUGAUUCAUCAAUUCUAUUCAGAGAAAUUUCAAUCUAUAUUGCUAGACAUUCAUUAGAUGAAAAAAUAAGUUUAGGUGAAGAUCUCACAAUGUGGGCAGAUAGUACAGCUCCCAAAACACUUGCCGAUGUGUUCGAAGCACUAGUCGGUGCAAUAUUUCUCGAUUCAAAUAGUUCAUUGAAAGUUGUAUGGGAUGUAUUUGAACCAAUACUAAAGAAAUAUAUCGAAAAUUCGAUUAUUGAUCCUAACUUGAAUCCAGUUCGACGAUUUUAUGAAAGUGGCGGAAAGAUUAUUAGAGAAUAUGUUAAUCAACAAAGUGGUUCUUCUGUGUGUAAAGUAGGAAUAAGUGGCGACGAUGUGACAUACGAAGGGAUCGGAAAAAAUAAGAGAGAUGCAAAAUUCAACGCCUGUCAAAAGGCGAUGAAGUUUCGAAACUGA